CGAGAACUGCUCCCGGGGCAAGUACCCACGUCGAUGCUGGCACUGGGAACGGGGCGGAUGAUAAAGUGUGAGGCAGUCUGCCCAGUGGCAACUGACCUGAUCUCAUGAUUUCCUCAGGUCCAUCCGAUUCCCGCCAACAUGCUCAGACCUGAGCAGUAGGAGUCGGCUGGGAGAAGGAUGGGGGAAAGGAAUCGAAAACAGUUGAGGCAGGCUCUGUAAGCUUCCGCCUCCCACACUAAAAGAGUCGGACAGCAGAAGACUGCAGUGGAACCUUCCCUGCUGGGAGAGUAAAGUGCUGACUUUAACCAGUUUCUGCGGCCUCGCCUUCCUCUUCUUUCCUUUCUCCCUCUCAUUCAUUCACUGACGCCGCAGCGCAGAUCAGCACCCGCACAGAAGCGGCCUCCAAGGGACUAAAGGGAAUAACCGCGGCUCUGAGGUGUGGGGACUGCGGCUGCGGGGAAAUGUGGGCCGCGCAGGAGGGGCUCCCAGCGCAGGCGUCUGACCCGCAGACACCGUUACGGCCUGCGGGAGUCUGCAAAUCUAGCAGACCCGUGACAAACACCCAUCGUUGGAAGGGGCUCUAGUAAAGUCCGUUCGUGCCAAUAUUUAUAAGCGACGUUUUCAAACAAUGUGAAGAUUCCCCCCCUUUUUUUUUCGACGGAGUCUCCAACUGUCGCCCGGGCUGUACUGUAAAGGUGCGAUCUCGGCUCAUUACAACCUCCGCCUCACGGGUUCAAGCGAUUCUCCUGCCUCAGACUCCUGAGUAGCUGGGACUACAGGCGCCCACCACUACACCCGGCUAAUUUUUUGCAGUUUUAGUAGAGUCGGGGUUUCACUAUGUUGGCCAAGCUGGUUUCGAAUUCCUGACCUCGUGAUCCACCUGCCUUGGCCUGCGAAAGUGCUGGGAUUACAGGCGUCAGCCACCUCGCCUGGCCGAAGAUCCGAUCCAUUUUAAGAUUUAUUCCUCUAUGAUGGAGAAGUAUGAAAAAAUUGGGAAAAUUGGAGAAGGAUCCUAUGGAGUUGUUUUCAAAUGUAGAAACAGGGACACGGGUCAGAUUGUGGCCAUCAAGAGGUUUCUGGAAUCAGAAGAUGACCCUGUCAUAAAGAAAAUCGCCCUUCGGGAAAUCCGCAUGCUCAAGCAACUCAAGCAUCCCAACCUUGUCAACCUCCUGGAAGUCUUCAGGAGGAAACGGAGGCUUCACCUCGUGUUUGAAUAUUGUGACCACACAGUUCUCCAUGAGUUGGACAGAUACCAAAGAGGGGUACCAGAACAUCUCGUGAAGAGCAUAACUUGGCAGACCCUGAAAGCCGUAAAUUUUUGCCAUAAACACAAUUGCAUACAUAGAGACGUGAAGCCGGAAAAUAUCCUCAUCACAAAACAUUCUGUGAUUAAGCUUUGCGACUUUGGAUUUGCUCGGCUUUUGACUGGACCGAGUGACUAUUAUACAGACUACGUGGCUACCCGGUGGUACCGCUCCCCUGAGCUGCUGGUCGGGGACACACAGUAUGGUCCCCCAGUGGAUGUUUGGGCAAUUGGCUGUGUCUUUGCUGAGCUGCUGUCAGGAGUGCCUCUGUGGCCAGGAAAAUCAGAUGUGGAUCAGCUCUAUCUGAUUAGGAAAACCUUGGGAGAUCUCAUUCCUAGGCACCAGAAAGUGUUUAGCACAAAUCAGUACUUCAGUGGAGUGAAAAUUCCAGACCCUGAAGAUAUGGAACCACUUGAAUUAAAAUUCCCAAACAUCUCUUAUCCCGCCCUGGGGCUCUUAAAGGGCUGUCUCCGCAUGGACCCUAGUGAGAGACUGACAUGUGAAGAGCUGUUGCACCACCCGUAUUUUGAAAACAUCAGAGAAAUAGAUGAUUUGGCAAAAGAACAUGACAAACCAACAAGGAAGACCCUAAGAAAGAGCCAAAAGCUCCAGUGCUUUACAGAAACAUCCAAGUUGCAGUACCUACCCCAGCUAACUGGCAGCAGCAUCCUUCCAGCUUUGGAUAAUAAGAAGUACUACUGUAAUACCAAGAAACUGAACUACCAUUUUCCAAAUAUUUAAAGGUACUAGGAGACAUGAUUUUAAAAAAGGAAUUGAUAGAUACUUGGAAGAAAAUAAAACUUAUACAGUUGAUUGAAAACAAUUAUAAUGUUGAAAACAUACCAGGAGAAAACAUAAGCUAGAAACUGGGAGGCCACUUGGCACCAUACGAAGGGGAAUUCCAGAUCCAGUCUCCCAUGCCUGAUAAUGGUGUCCAGAAAAGAAAGAGAAAACCUGUUUGGAGUUUCACCUGUAUUUCAGUUUAUGUAAGCAGCCGAGCUUAUGGACAGCAUAUGAACUGUCCCAUACCUCUGGCAAAACUAGAUGACGUCAAAAAGAUUUAUGUUUCAGUUGUACCAAAUGCCACACAAGAAAAAUGGACUACAAAAUACCUAUAUAUAUUUCCUCCGAUCUCUGUUGCUUUGACUCCUAUCUCCUGCCUCUCAGAUUGUUUCAGCAUAUUUAAGGCUAGUUCUAUUUCUUGAAAUCAAAAUGCUUAAAAUCCCAUUUCCUGCUUGCUCUAUUUCUUGAUUUUUAUAUUUUAAAACAUUUUGUGGAUAACACUUAGGUUCGAAAUAUUUAAAAACAUAUGAGUUAUCACAAAGACUUGGUAAUUUCUAUAUUUAAUUAUAUGUUUAUCCAUUUCAUUCUUACUUUAUAAGGAUGUACCUUAGUCACUUUUGCAGGCAAGGUGGAUUUACUGUAAUCUGUCUACAUUCAUUCACCCAAUUCCCCUUUCAAACAAUGGGAUGAAGCUUGGCAGCUGAUUAAGGCAGUCAAAGGGUAGAGUAAGACCUACAGGCUUUGCAGGAACUGAACCUGUCAUCCUGAAAAUAAUUAGUACUUCAUUCUAUCCAGCACAGCCUUAGACCUGGUACAUCUAUAGCCAAACCUGUAAUAUAAUGAUCUGGGUUUCAGAAGAAAUUGCUUGUGGGCUCAUUCAUGACAUAAGUCAUGAAAGUGUAUAUGAUGUUUUCCCCGAAACAUCUUUUCAUGCUAUAUAUGUGGAUGUAUGUGUGCACAUAUAUAUAUAUAUAUUGCUAUCCUAACAACUAAUAUAUUACAGUAAGUAGACCAAAACUGAGGAUUCACAGCUUUGUACAGUGAGACCUAAAAUGUUGACAUAUAUAUAUAUGUCCAUCCUUCCACCUCCGCCUCCCAAGCAGCUGGGACUACAGGCAUGUGCCACUAUACCUGGCUAAUUUUUUGGCAUUUUUUGGUACAGACAGGGUUUUGCCAUGUCACCCAGACUGGUCUUGAACUCUUGGGCUCACGCGAUCUGCCUGCCUCGGCUUUCCAAAGUGCUUGGCAUCACAGGCAUGAGCCACUGCGCCUGGCCGAAAAGACAUAAUUAGCCUACUGCUCUUAAUCAAAAAGCUUUUUCAUCCUUGUCCCCUGGACACAAGGGCAAUAUCAAGCCUGAUACCUGUUUCUUACAGCUCAACACCAUUUCUGGUUGAUGUGCUGCCACCAUUCUUAGCACUUCUCAGCCAUGGUCUUCAAAGCUGUGUAUUUCACUGUAUUUUCAAAGCAUUUCUUCUGUAUUCUCAUUUUCUUGUUAGUUUUCUUCAUGAUGACGUCUGACCCCAUUCACUUACUGUUAAGUAAUCCACUGAAGUCUGGUGUCUGUUCAAUAAUUUUGACUACUCUAGGCACUUUAAUGAUAUCCUAAGGCUUCCUAAUGUAGUUUCUUGCCUAGACCUGAUAAUGGGUUAAAUGCUAGUCCCAGAAUUAUUCAAUUCCUGUUAGACAGCCUUGAUUCAGAUGACAAAGAAGAAUAUCCAACUUCCGUGAAUAGUUAAAAUUUUUCUUUUUUUCCCGUAACCCAAGAAAAUGCACUUGAUGGAGGCAGAUGACUAUAAUUGCCUAAUUGAGCCAAUAGUUUUACUGAAAACCAUUCAGAAUAGAAAAGUAGCUCUGGACUAAUCGUGGUGAAUCAGUUGUCUCACCACACAGUAAUGAAAGAAACCUGAGAAAAAAGGCUUAUUUUUCUCUAACGAGUUCCAUUAAAUUUAUGCUUAUGUUCAAUUUAACCAUAUUUAUAAUCCUUUUAUUCUCUACUGGAAAUCUCUACUGUACCACAUGAGACUCUUCCACAUCCUUUUAUUUACUUUUCUGAUUUUUUAAAAUGACAGUGGCAAUUAGUAAACAGUUGACCAUUUAUCUAUGUGCUAUUUGUAUAAGCUGGUUUUUAAAUACACAAAAAUUAAUUUUUCUACCUGAAAGCUGUAUCAUAGAAAGUAUUUAUUUGAAAAUUAUUUUCAAGUUUAUAUUCAACUGCUUAAUAAUGUUUAAACCAGGCCAGGUGUGGUGGCUCACACCUGUAAUCCCAGCACUCUGGGAGGCCUAGGUGGGUGGAUCAUGAGGUUGGGAGUUUAAGACCAGUUUGGCCAAGAUGGUGAAACCCCAUCUCUACUAAAAAUACAAAAAUUAGCCUGGCAUAGUGGUGGGCUCCUGUAAUACCAGCUACUUGGGAGGCUAAGGCAGAGAAAUGCUUGAAUCUGGGAGGCGGAGGUUGCAGUGGUCCAUGAUCAUGCCCCUGCACUCCAGCCUGGGCAACAGCGAGACUCCAUCUCAAAAAAAAAAAAAAAAAUAUGUUCAAACCACAAACAAAGAAAUCUAUAAACAAGCUGGCAUAGAACAGUAAUAGAAUCAGGGCCAUUUCACACAGGUAACCUGUUUUAUCCAUUUUUGACUUUUUUUUUUUUUUUUUUUGAGACAAGGUCUUAAUCUGCUGACCAGGCUGAAGUACAGUGGUGCCAACAUAGCUUAUUGCAGCCUUGACUUCCCAGGCUCAAUUUUUUAAGAGACAGACAGGGUCUUCCUCUUUCACCCAGGCUUCCCGGGUGGCGUUCAGUGGCCAUGAUCAUAGUUUGCCGCAGCCUCAAACUCCUGAGCUCAAGUGAUCCUACCACCUCGACCUCCCAAGUAUCUGGGACUACAGAUGUGCACCACCAUGCCUGGCUAAUUUUUAAAAAUUUUUUAUAAAGAUAGGGUCUCACUGUGUUACCCAAAUUGGUCUCAAACUCCUUGCCUCAAGUGAUCUUCCACCUCAGUCUCCCAAAGUACUGGGAUUACAGGCAUGACCCACGGCACCCAGCCUAAAGCAAUUUUAGGUUUUAAGAAAAACCUAAGCAUAGCCUACUGGUUUUUAUGAUUGUUUCCUUUAUUAUAUUGCAAUCUGCAAAACUGUGUGAAUUCAGCCAAGUAGCUAUAUCCAGUUUUAAUAAAAUGCUAGCUUAAGUUUACAAAGUAGACAAAUUAAGCAGCAACUGUUGAUUUUGAGAAAGGAUGUAUGGUAUGAAAACACAAGAAUGCAGGAUCAUGAGAAAUGCAUGCAAAUCUUGGGAAGCAAUAUGUAAUGCAUGCCUCAACAACCGCUGAAGACUUUGCAUAACUGAUUCCAUCAAUGAAUGUGUAAUUUAGCUUCUAAUUUCUCAUAAUUGUGCAUUUAUGGUAGUAUGCUUCACUAACUUUAAAGUUAAAUUUAAUGUAAAUUAUUGUUAUAACACAAUAAAAAUAUCUGUUGUUCAAAUAA